AUGGACAAGGACUUCGAAACUUUCCUCAAAUUUCUAUGGGGAAAGUUGUCCUUUAGAGCAACCAUAAAGGGUUUGAACAGGAACCUUGAUCACUACAGGUUGCUAUAUCUAGAUAAGAAUAAAGCCAUGGGGAAGAAGAACAAAGACAAGAAUGUCGAUGCUUCUUAUAACGUAUAUGGGUUCACACUAGCCUUACAAGUGUGGACCUAUGAGUACAAAUCUAAUAGGAAGAGCACCGCCUCUGAUCUUCACACUGCCCUGCAAGGCAAGAUUGUCAAGAAGAUGGAAUUGUAUGAAGAUGAGAAGAUCUUGUAUGCUGGGGAGGACUUUGAAGAUAUGAGAGCAACAACUCUCUAUGAUAGAUGUAGAUUGGAUCAAAUUAUGAAUGAGCUAAAUGAACUAAAAACUGAAAUGAGAACUGAAAUAAAUCUCAUAAAAGAGAUGUUAAACCAACUACAAGAACUGUUUGACAUAUUAUCAGCCACACUAAGGGAGGAACAGAGAAGGAGAAUAUUUAAUGAGGAAUAUAUGGAUGUGGAUGUGCUUGUGGAGAAAAAGAAGGUGAAUGAGGAAGAUUUGGAAGAUAAUGAGGAAGAUUUUAAGGUGAAUGAGGAAGACAAUGGUGAGGAAUAUUUGGAGGUGAAUGAAGAAGAUUUGGAGAAGGUGAAUGUGUUGAUUGAGGAUUUGGUGAAUGUGUUGAUUGAGGAUUUGGUGAAUGAUGAUAAUAUUGAGGAGAAGAAGAAUGAGGAUGUGGUGGAGGAUGAUGUGCUGAAGAUUGAUAAUAUUAAGGAUGUGCUUGUGGAGAAAGACAAUGAUGGGCUUGUAGAGAAGAAGAAGAAUAAUAAGAAUGAGGAUAUUGAUGAUGGACUUGUGGAGAAGAAAGACAAUGAUGGUCUUGUGGAGAAGAAAGACAAUGAUGGGCUUGUGGAUAAAAAAGACAAUGAUGUGCUUGUGGUGCAAGCUGGUGUUCUUGUAGAGGAGAAGAAGAAUGAGGAUAUUGAGGUAUGGUCUAUUUCAAGCAUUUGGUCUAUUUCGAGAUGGGCUUAUGGAGAAGAAAACAAUGAUGGGCUUGUGGAGGAGAAGAAGAAGGAGGAUAUUGAGCAUUGGUCUAAUCUCACUGAUUUUGUCUCAUUCAAGGAUGUGAAUGAAAAGGUGGAGGAUGUGGUCAAUGAUAAGAAGAUGGUGCAGAAUAAGAAGGUGGUGCAGAAGAAGGUGGACGAUGAUGUGUUUGUUGAGAAGAUUGAGAAGAAGGAAGACAAUGUGUAUAAUAAGAAGGUGGACAAUGAUUUGUUUGUGGAGAAGAUUGAGAAGAAAGAAGAAAGUGUGUAG